AUGGGAGGAGGAACGGUAGACAUAAAAGUUCGCAAUUUAUUCAACGACGAGACAAGGAAACUGACAAUAUCAUCGUAUAUCAAAUGGCACGAUUUAGAAAAUGACAUCAAAUCAGCUUUUUCGAUUAAUUCCCAAGAUGGAAUUAUGUUAAAUUAUUUGGAUCAUGAAGGAGACGAGAUAUCUGUAUCAUCAGAUAAUGAACUUUCGAAUGUCUUAAAUACAUUGGAAGAUAAUCAAUGCGUAAAAUUUAGUUUAGUCAUAAAAUCAAAGAAUAAAAAUCAAUUAAAUUCUUUUGAGUUGACAAAGUACGAAUCUGACGACAAAAUUAUAAAUUCUGCAGAGACAAUAUUACAUCAAUGGUUCAGUGAAAAUUUACCAAAACUUAUUGAUCAAUCUCGAAAAUCAAAUCAAGAUUCUACUGCAACUAAUAUUAUUGAGAACAAUAAUCGUCGAGUAUUGACUUAUCCAACAAAAAAAAAAAUUCAAGGUGAAAUUGGUGAAGCAGUCGAGAUGCAUGUCUCAUCACAAUAUCUUACUUUUUCAUACGCAUCUAUGAAAACCGCUUGGGGUACAGGAAUUUAUACAACAGAUUCAGAUUUAAUUAAAGGGCAUUCUGGUGUCUACACUUUAUCAAAGCAAUCACCACCUGAUCAUGAUUUAUCCGUGAUAUUACGUUUCGUUCCAGGUUGUGACAAAUAUUUUGGUUCUAUAAAUAAUAGUUUGAGAAGUGCUGAAUUUCAAAAAUAUAAAUUAAGUUUUGUUAUUGAAAGCGUCAAACAUUUGAAAGGAACUGUUUCAUUGUGA